AUGACGCCAGCGAAGGUGCUCGACAACGCGCGGAUCUGCUCCUUUCAGCAGCCCUGUGAGAGCUUUGCCGCUUGGCAGAGCGCACACAGCAAGUGGGAGCGAGAGCCAACCACCGUCCAGCGCGGCUGCAGCCAUUGUAACAUCGAUGGACUCGCCCGCUUGCCAGCGGACGAGGUGUUUCAUAGUUCAGCUGUGGUGAAGGACGAGCGUGAGCUCGCAAGUCCAUCCAGCCUCGACUACACCGACAUCUUUACUCGCCCCGGGAUCAACCGCACCUGGCUUAUGCAGCGGUGCAGGACGGCUCGAGGACUCAAACAUCGGGGUUCAAACGUCACGGUCAACCUCGGCGAUGGCGAGUCGCUCCCGCUGGCGGCCGUGUUGAAGCAUGGCUGGGACGCUGCGGUGCUCCGCUCCUUUUUUACCGACCGCGACAGCGGCAGGCCGUUGGCGGCGCUUGGGCAGCCGACCUACCUCGAGCUAGGCGGCGGCGACGGGGAGGUGGAGUCAACAACGCUCGUGUUUGACCGCUGCCUCAACUGGACCGGGGUUUUAGUCGAGGCGAGCCCAGCAUCCUUUGAGAAGCUGCUGCAAGCACGGCCAAACGCUGUCAAGAUCAACGCAGCGGUGUGUGAGGAGUACAGCUUUGUGCCUUUCACCGCAAGCGGAUUCUAUGGGGGCAGAAUCCAGCGGGGCACGACAACUGCUGAGCGCGCUACGGGGCGCCACACCCACAGAGCGGGCUCGAUCCAAGUCCCGUGCGUGCCGCUCGACGAAGCGCUGGCAAGACUCGCCGUGCGGCGGCUCGACUUCUUUUCGCUCGACUGCGAGGGGUGUGAGCUGAGCGUGAUCAACACUCUCGCGCGCGCUCUCGGGCGCACGCUCUCGCUCGGGGCGCGCGGCGACGGUCAUCGAGCACCGAUCUUCCGGCGGCUGCUUCGGGCUGGCAUGAGCUACGCCGGGAUGAUCGCCGCGCGCGGGACGACUGCAAACCACGUGAUGGACGACGUCUUUGUGAACGAGUCGUUUUUCCGUCGCCGCAACGUGCGGUACGCAUUCCCUUACGAGAGGAUUAGAUUAGCCAAUGUUAUUUUGAAGUUCAUACAUGAAAAUACCAACUUGCCUAUGAGCAUUGUGAGUGUCAUCGGAGUCACUUGUAUUUACGACGCCGCCACGCUCGCAAGGGCCGCCUAA